AUGGAAAGGCUUGAAAUACAGCGAAUUGAGAAAGAAAAAUGGCUUCAACUUGAAGAAAAAGAUCUAGGAAGGAGAAAUGAAGAACUUGACGAACUUAAUUUACUAGAGGGAUGUUUCCCUGAAGCAGAGAGAUUGAAACACGACACAAGAUUGCUUUCUCAGUGGAAACACUAUAUUCAAUGUGAUGGGAGUCCUGAUCCUUCAAUAUCCCAAGAAAUAAAUACUUUCAUUAGCUUGUGGAGAGAGGAAACAAAUGAGACUUUUGAGGAAGUGAUCGCAAAAAGUAAACUAGUGCUAAAUUUAAUUGAGAAAUUGAAAUUAAUUUUAUUGGAAACACCACCAUAUGAUUUGCAAGAUAAAAAUAUAAUACAGUACCGGGGAUCAAUCCUGCAGCUACAGGAACUCCUUCAGCUUAAGUUCAAUGUAGCCACAGAAAUACUUCUGAGACAAGCUAGUACUUUAGCAGAUCUGGACAGUGGAAACAUGGAAAAAAUCAUUCGAGAUGAAAAUGUUACCUUGUAUGUGUGGGCAAACCUCAAGAAGAAUCCAAGGUACAGAAGUGUCAGAUUCUCUGGAACACAAAUUGGAUUUGAAAUUCCAAGAAUAUUAGCAACAAGUGACAUUGCUCUACGACUCCUGCAUACUCACUAUGAUCAUGUUUCCCCACUGCACCCUGUUCUAACACCUGUUCCAAAAGAAGAACGUACUUCCACAGUCACUGAGCUUGUCAGAGAUGAAGUUAAGAAUGUAGAAGAAGCAAUCAGCAAAGAGGACCAAGAAGAGACUAAACAGCAAGAAAGUGGGUCUAACAUAAUCCUUGAGGAAGAAAUAAAAGUUGAGGAACAGGAUGAUAUUGAAGUACAAAAGAGUUCUGUUGGGGAAGAACAUGAACCCAUAACCUGUGAGCUGGAGAUAAAAUUAUUAAGUAAAACUGUUUCAACAGCACAGUUGUUGCUGAUAGAGAAUGCUCAUGAAAAGCCAGAUACCUUUGAAGACAAUGAUGUGGAUUUAUGCCAAUUCACAACUCUGGGUGGAGUGUACCACUUGGAUAUUUUGGAGCUUCCCCCACAGUGUAAACCAGUGAAGGGCUGGAUGAUUGUGGAAAUACUCAAAGAAGGAUUACAGAAAUAUACAUAUCCUCCAGAAACUACAGAAGAAUUUGAAACAGAGAACGCUUUCCCACCUAUAGAGGUCACGCUUGAGGUUCAUGAGAAUGUAAUCUUUUUUGAGGAUCCUAUUGUUGUAAGAUGGGACACUGAAGGUAAACGCUGGAAAACUGAUGGCAUCAGCAAGGUAUCUUACAACCCAGAAGAAAGACUUAUAACAUUCAGCCUGGAAACUUUUGGCCCCGUAACCUUGAUUCAGGAUACUCAUAUUAACAUGCCAUACCAGUCAUGGGAACUGAGACCGCUUGGUGUGAAUACGGUACUUUUGACGGUGACUACAGUAUUUACUGAGAUUCAAAUACAAAUUAAGGAAAACCUCUGCAUGUUAGCUUCAAUCAAACUAAGAAACAAAGAGCAUUUCUCUAUUUUGGAAGGAAAAUGGAUGCCUCCUGUUCCUUUUAUUAUUGCUUUGAAAGCAGCUGGAUUGAAUAUCUUCCCUACUGGACACUCUCACUUUUAUGUUGUUAUAAACCAUAAGGUUCCUUUGGUAGAAAUGAAAGCUUAUCGACAAAUGGCCUUGUUAAGCUCUGCUUUUGCGUUUGGUUGGAGCAAGUGGAAUCUGCUGUGUAAUUCUACAAAAGUUGUAGUUAAGGUGAGGGAACACCUUACUAAAGAACCUAUGAAUCCUGAUUGGGACCUUUUAAUGUUUAGUGGUGACAGAGCACAAAGACUCAAAAUCGAUGAAGAUAGCCAAACCUUCUCUGAAGCACUUAAAGAAGAAACUGAGUUUCAUUCUACUUUAUAUCACAUGGUUAAGGACUUUGCUUCUGAAGAAGCAAUGGAGAAAGUCAGUAGCUCCGACUGCCAGUUUAUCGACUGUGUGUGCCAAAUGCUACUCUCCACUAGAUUACUCAGCUAUUCUUAACCUCCACUUGCAAAUUUUU